ACACACCGUUUUCGCAACUUGGGCGUUAAUUUGCCAAGCUGUGCUUUCCUGCACCAGCCAGGACAGCCAGACAUGAGGCACAUGCCAGGCCAGCCGGUCGUCGUGGUCAGUGCCGCGGGUGUCUCCGGCUGGCCCAGGGCAAUUAGUCCUCCACUGAGGCAGCUCAGCCCACCACAUUUCCAGCCGCAGGCCAGGUAUGUCUCCUCCCAUCGAGCUAUGUCCGAAUCCGCUUGGGGUGCAAGGUCGAGGUCCUCAUCCCCUCAGGGGCCUGUCCAAGUUCAUGCAGGCCACAGCCCAGGAUAUGUCACAGUGCACUCACCACGCCUCCUGGUGGCAAGUCCUCGCGCAAUGCCACCGCCUGUUGUGCCGGCUGUGCCAUUUCAGGUUCCAGUCUAUGGACGUGCAGUGUACGCUUCCGUUGCUGUGCCAGCCGCACGGCAGAACACUAUGCCCUCCCGGGCGCAGGGGCGAAGUCAGGCGCAAAAGCCGCAUACGAUGCACCUGGCAAGUGCGCCAGCAAUGCCACUGAAAUCACGGCCUUCUGAAUUAGAGGACUCGUCGGAGUACAGCCCCAGAGACUCCGUUUGGAAAAGGUAUUUCUGCAACGGAGGGAGAGGACUUCCCUCCCCAACCUCCUCGGUGGCCAAACAGGCCGCACCCAGUGGGCGAGCUUCCGGCAAAGAGAGUCCCAUCCCAACGAGAGUCACGGAGGAAGUGGUCCAACUACGUACCCCUCAGCAGGAGGAAGGCCAUGGCGUCGCAUUGGACCAUUGUGCACAAUCUGAAUUGGUGAACAUGCAAAGUGCUGACGUGGAAGCCAAAGGAGAGGCGUCUUUGCAAACGGAAACUCCAGGGUCUCAAGUUUCCAAGGGUGAAAGUCCCCUUCGAACCCUUCCAGGAUCGGAAGGCCGGGCAGCGCAAGCUGCGCAAGCCGCGCAAGCCCCCAGGCCAGGGCCACCAGCUCAGGAGCGGGCUCGGCCUCAAAGCUCCGAGUCGCAGCUCCUGGCAUAUGCUGAGGCUGUAUCAGACGAGGUGGGUUCAGAAAUGUUCAGAAGUUUUCUAUAUAUACUAUAUAUACACUGUUGUUCGUCUCAUCAACUAGCGAUACCAACAUUUCAGGAGUUGCUAGAGUUGUCAGCUCUGGCUCGACCACCUCCAGUUCGAGGAGUCAUCGAGUCCGUCUUGAUGCUUUUAGGCUUUCGCGAUGCGAGCUGGGCAGCAGCCCGGGCUGCUUUCGAAGAGCCCGAACGUUUCAAGGAGAAGCUGCGUUCCUUCAAUGCAACCAAUACUUCCCGCCUGCAGUACCAGAAGCUUCGACGGAGCCUCGAAGUGACGAAAAGCUUGGAUCGCACUAGGAAGAAGUCCUUGGCCUUGGAGGAGUGGUGUCGUGCCGUGGCGGAAGUCUUGACCUUGCGCUACAGCGAAGCCGCUCUGGCUGAAGCAGCCAGCAAGCGUGCUUCAGGUGCUGUGAGCAAUGUGCAGCGAGCAGAUGAGGCAAAGGUACCCUCUCGGCCGGCGCUUGGGGACCUUGUGGUGACCCCCGACAUUUACUCCAUGACACCCAAUGAGCUGCGGCAGGUCCGAGAUCUCACCGUGCAUCGGCCCAAGGUGGGCGAGGUCACAUUUCACGGUGAAAUUGACUUGCUGAGCAACCGUUCCAUCCUUGAGGAGCUCCCAAAAGUGGUGCGCCUGGAGCCCGGCGAGGUUGUCUUGUACCCUGACAGCCAAAAUAAGCCUUCUGAGGGUGAAGGGCUUAAUAGGCCGGCGACGAUUACGCUCUUUGGUUGCUUGCCUCCACAAGCAGCUGACUUCACUGACGAGGAAAGCAAAGCCAGGUACCGGCAUCGCAUUGCAGAAAUGACGGAGUCCAAGGGGGCCCAUUUUCUGGACUACGACUGUGACAAGGGCUUGUGGCAGUUCUGUGUAGAUCACUUCUAGUGAGAGGAUGAGGCUGAUGAGGCUAUGCUAAUGCAAAUGACUUGACUUUGUACCGCCAACCAGAAUCUCUCAAGCCAUAAGAUUUGGUUUGUAGAGUGAUGGUGUUGCAUCCGCAUGAAAAGA